GCCAUCACUCAAGAUGGCUGCCCCCAUCAAGAUGACCGGGGUGUGCCGGGGGGAAAGGGGCAGCAUGAUGGUCUGAGACGAGCUAGUGUCGGAUCAUGUGGAAGACUCCGGGCCUGGGAAGCUGGAUGAUGGGGGGUGGGGCCCGUGCGGGAUAGAGGGAGGAAGAGCAUCCCUUCCCGGGCUCAGCCCGGCCCCUCCCUGUCCUCUGUCCUGAAAUGGGGAACACCUUGGGCCUGGCCCCGCUGGGGGCUUUGCCCCGCCGCGGCCCCCGUCGAGAGGAACCUCUGCCCAACCCCGGGAGCUUCGAUGAGCUGCACCGCCUGUGCAAAGAUGUAUUCCCAGGACAGAUGGAGGGAGUGAAGCUCGUGGUCAACAAGGUUCUGAGCAGCCAUUUCCAGGUGGCUCACACCGUGCACCUCAGUGCUCUGGGCCUGCCUGGCUAUCACCUCCACGCAGCCUACGCAGGGGACUGGCAACUUAGCCCCACUGAGGUCUUCCCCACUGUGGUAGGGGACUUGGACAGCAGCGGCAGUCUCAACGCCCAGGUCCUGCUCCUCCUGGCAGAACGGCUCCGAGCCAAGGCUGUCUUCCAGACGCAGCAGUCCAAGUUCCUGACAUGGCAGUUUGACGGCGAGUACCGGGGUGAUGACUACACGGCCACACUGACCCUGGGGAAUCCUGACUUGAUCGGGGAGUCGGUGAUCGUGGUGGCGCACUUCCUGCAGAGCCUCACUCAUCGGCUGGUGUUGGGAGGAGAGCUCGUUUAUCACCGGCGGCCAGGCGAAGAGGGGGCCAUCCUGACGCUGGCUGGGAAGUACUCGGCUGUGCACUGGGUGGCUACAUUGAAUGUGGGGUCCGGUGGGGCCCAUGCCAGUUACUACCACAGGGCAAAUGAACAGGUGAGACAAUGGGUCCCCCUGCCACCCAGCAUGGCCCACCCUGGACCUCCAUCGGCCCUGCCUACCCCCUGUCCCUCCUGUCUGGGCUUCACACGUAUUUCACACGUGCUUCCUCCCGGUGGUCCUCAGGUUCAGGUCGGAGUGGAGUUUGAGGCCAACACCAGGCUACAAGACACGACCUUCUCCUUUGGUUACCACCUGAGUCUGCCCCAGGCCAACAUGGUGUUUAGAGGGUUGGUGGACAGUAACUGGUGUGUGGGUGCGGUACUGGAGAAGAAGAUGCCCCCGCUGCCCGUCACCCUCGCCCUUGGAGCCUUCCUCAACCACUGGCGCAACAGGUUCCACUGCGGCUUCAGUGUCACUGUGGGCUGAGCCAGUGGCUGCCGCGCCGCUGAGUCAGGUGCCCCAGGGCCGGAGACCGGGCCCCUCUCCAGAGCCCACCUUGCUGGGCGACCCACAGGUCCCAGGGGCAAAAAGGGGACAGGACCAUGCCCUCCUCAGAACUGGAGCUGCCACAAGGGAGCUGAGGAGGCAGUGGUUUGAGGACCCCCCUGCCCCCAGCGUGUGCCCUCUGUCCACACUGUGGCUCUGGGCUGAGGGAGGAGGGUUAAGGGGGCCAUCAGCCUCAGUCCGGCUCAGUUGUCUCGCUCACACUCCCCCUUCUUCAUGUCCCUGUGGAUUAAAGCUCCUCCCCUCUUCCCCUUCAGAGCAAACCACUCUGCAUGGGACUAGCGCCCACCCUGUUCCCUGUCCCAGAGCCUUCCAAGGCCAGGAUCCAACUUGACCUCAGAAAGUGGGGCCACACGUUCGAGAAGGAGCUACCUCCUUCCCUUUCUUUUGUGCUUCCAGAGAACUACUUUACCCCCAUGGCCACGCCCUGCACCCCCACGAUUGUGUGAAGAGGCAGUUAUUGCCCUAGUCGUUCCUUGGAACCAUGGGGCUCCCCUUCUCCUGGCCCCAGCCCCCAACCUCCACGUCAGCCUUCCCCGGCCCCAUGUGUCCAGGUGGGCUGGGGAGGCAGCCGCAGAUCUGCUGGAGCAGGGGCAUCCUGGCAUACGUCUCUGGCUGUGCUGGGCCUGGUGUCCACAGGUGCUGUUGGUGCUCUGGAGCGCAGCCGACGGGCCCAGCAGCUUUGCAUUCAGAAACCUUUGGAGGAGGAAAUAGCGGGGUCACAGGGAAAGGAAGGAAAUGUAGCAACUGAGAGUGUUAUCCUGCCCCUCACCCCCCAAAUCCUCCAAACUGCCCCUCAGUGAAGCUAGGUCUGACCACCAGAGAAAACCAUGUUCUGGGGUAACAGGUUUCUCAGAGGUUCCAAAGGUUCCCAAGGGGGCCUCUGACACUGUCUGCACUCACUGUGCUGUUUUUCUUGAACCCAGAGCUUUGGGGACCCCAUGAGGGGAAAGCCCCAGACGUGGCGAGAACUUUGACUGUGUGGAAUCUGAGGGUCUGGCAUUCUAGAGCAGGUUCUAGAAGGUGGAUGUGUUCUGCCAUCUGAAGCAUCCUUCUGUGGGCAGACUGGCUUGUGGAGGGGUGGACAGGAGUGAGGGAUGGAUGCUGAGCCAGGGGCUUUGGCUGUGAAGCUGUGAAUGAGCAUCCCCUCAAGGGCAUGAGAAAUGGGAGGAGUGGCCCAGUGAAGAGGAGGGCAGAGGCCCAGGAGAAACCUCCGGAAGCUGCUUGUUGGGGAGGAUGGAUGGGGGAGGGGAAGGGUGCCAUCAGCCUCAGGAAUGCUGCAAUACAGACUGAGCAACUACUUCGCAUCUCUACUGAAUAAAAAACCUGGAAAAAGCGAGCUGGAAAGGCA